AUGGCCGCCAUCGCGUCAGCUCGGUACAGCAUCCCCCACUGCGCUCCAGUCGCAACUUCUUCCACUAACAUCACCAACUCCAAGACCACCACAGGUCGACAUAGUCCUUUUCCAGAGCAUCCGCUCGCCUGCACCGCCACAGGCCCCAGCAUGAAU